CAGCAGUGGCUAUUAAGAAGCUCGUUCAACAUGAUGGGUGUUUGGCUUUCCUUAGGGGCUUUGCUGCUUGUCAUGCUGAGUGGCGAUAGUUACAGCUACUCUGUGAAGAGAGGUACGGAUCCUGACGUCUCCUCCAGCAGUGGUUACUUUAAAUCUCCUGCUGAUUCUGAUUGGGAAGUACCUUCUGCUGUGUUUGCGCCCGUGUCAUCUGAUUCUUGGGUUGUCCCAAAUUCAGAUCACCCUGAAAGUAGUGCUGCGAGUGGAUCAGCAGGCAGCUCUCACAGCUCUGAUGCUUAUCCUGCGUCUGCAUACUCGGGACACAGUAGUGACUCCCACGCAGACUCGACACAACCGAGUUUUCAGCUGGGCUUAAAUCACGACUUCAGCUGGGCAGUUAUGCCUCCCAACCCUCAAUCUGACAAAUUUCCACCUUUCUAUGUGGGAGCACCAGACCCUCUUCCCCCUGUGUUCCAGAAAGGCGAACUGUCUCGUGUGGAGAGGGCCUUUGAGCAUGGCAACUCAGAAUCUGAAACUGAAAUGCAAGGCUUUGAGUCUUAUCCUGAUGCUGAAGGUUUCAAUGAGGACUUCAGUGACCCUCUGUCAUCAGACCUUGAUGGGUUUUUGUCUGAAAACCCUUAUUUGGGCUACAUAUUGCUUACUGGCAAGUAUCCCCCAGGCACAGUCACUCACUACAGCUCCAGUUUUGAGCAAAGGGGGUGAGCAAACACAGGACACUCUGAAGGCCAACUUUAAUGUUGCCCAAUAAAGAUCUGAUUCACUAAUAC